UAUGCGGGUAUAUACAGACCAUUAAUUGAAGAAUUGAAUUAUAUGAAAAUAAACUAUGAACAGUUUGAAUUAAGUAUACCUCGAUGUUUUCGAAACGAGAGACUAUCGUUUUUAGAUGAUAUGGACAAUAAGAUUGAUGAAAUAAAUAACCGUAUUUUAACAGAAGACAACAACAAUUCAUUAAGUGAAAUAAAAAACGAAAGAAUUGAAAUAGAAGAUGUAAAUGGCUCUAAUAAUAAUCAAUUUAUAAGUCAAGAAUCAUCGGAAUCAUAUUUAGAUGUAGACAAAUUUGUUAUAGAUGCACAAUCUGCACCUACAUUACAAAAAGUUACAAGUGCAGAUAAUUCAAGAGAAUCGUCUAUAAAAUUCAUUCAAAAACAUAUCAGAGCAGCAAGAGAUCGUGUAGCUGUCAAUGAAUUAAUAUCUGCUAGAAUAACUAGGGAAAACAUAAUUUCCGGGAAGUAUAUACAGCCCAGUAAAGAGAAAGGUCGAGUAGCGGCAGUUAAGAUUCAAAGAUUUUGGAGAUAUUAUCGUAUGAUGAUACAGAUUAGUGCUCGGAAACAAAAACGACACAUUCAACUUGGUAUGCACAUGACUAGUGAAAAACUUAAUUUAGAUAUUUAUCGUGAAAUAGAGGAUAUAAUUCAAAUACAGCAAACUGAAGCAGAUAUAAAGUAUCGUAACACUAGAAUUAAAUUGGAAGAAAAUUUUGUCAAACGUAACAAAUAUGAAAUAAUUGAAGAAAUCGAAGAUGAGCUAAGAACGUACGUUUGGAAGUAUUUUAAAACGUGUCAUAUUUUACCGUCUUGGCCAGAUUCGAAACCUAUCGUGUUUUCUGACGAUGAUAAUAAUAUUAUUGGAUUACCGCCAAUAAUUUUAUCGCCUGCUAUCUUAGAGGACUUAAAUAUACCGGAUGUACGUUAUAAGUCAGCAUUAAAACAAAGAUUACCACUUGGAGGUUCGGCUAUUAUUCAAACAGGAAGAUGGAUGACAAUAGAAAUGGCUGAAAUACUUGCGAUGUUAAUUAUAGAAUUUGAAAAUAAACCAGCAAAAGAGAAAAAAUUACUAAUGAAACAAUUGGCAGAAAAAAAUAAAAUAGAAAAAGAAAAAAAUCUYGAAAGCGCAAAAAUUAGAGAAAAUUUAACAGCAUCAAUUAAAAUUGUGGGCAUCGUUCUGGAAUUAAGUGAAUUAACGGAACGAUUUAAAGAAAUAUUUAACGAAUAUGAUAGUAAUUGGGCGUUAUAUAAUGGAAUCGAAAAUGAAAUUAGGGAAGAUUUAAUAAAAUCUGAAAUUUUUUCAAAUGCUCAAGUGGAACUUAGAACUUUAGUUGAUGAAACUAUUAAAGAAGAAUUGAAUAUUCUAAAAAAGGCAUAUGCUCGAGACUUGAAAAAGAAAUAUAAAGAACCAACAAAAAAAGUUACAAAAAUUUUUGAAAAAAGAGAUUCUGAAAAAAAUAAAACACCAGACCCAAUUAAAAUCUUUGAAGAAUUGGUUAAAAACAAUUUACUUAAAAAGUCAGUAACCUCCAGAUUUAUAGAUUUCCAAGGAGAAGUGUCAUUAAGUGCUAGUGUAUUGAGAGGAGAACCAUAUUAUUCUGAUCCACCCUACUGCUUAGGUGAUGUACGUCAA